CAGUUUGUUUCCAGGGGGGAAACAUAGAAGGACGGAAUUGCUUCCGGUAGCGAAUUACUAGCGCCGGUCAAUGUUGAUUGGUGUUUAGUUAAUGAAUAAAUCAAUCAAUAUUAGAGAUGUUUGAUUUUAGCUCGGGUCCUGCGCCAACCCAGCUCUAGUAUACUCUCGGGCUCUUACACGCUGUAUCAAUGGGUGCCUAUUACUGUGCCAUAUGCAGGCAAACGACAUUCACCGGGAAGGGACAUAUCUUCGGGAAAAAUCAUCAAAGCAGACUUAGGGUGGUUCUUCUCAAAUUCCUAGAAAAGGUCAAGGAAGCUCGCCGAACACUUAAAAAGCCCCAAGUAGAAAAGUUUGACUGCACCCAGCCGAAGCAGACAUUCUGGUGCUACUGCUGUGGACUUGAAGUCGAAAGAAACGUUACAGACGGCAACAUGACUGUGCUGUACGGAGGCUUGUUAGAACACAUGGCCACCCCAGAACACAGGAAAAAUACACACAAGUUCUGGUGGGACAAUAAGGCCGACCCCAAGCUCAGGGACAAGGUCAUCAUCACAGAGGAGGAAACUGAAAGGUUUAAAGCAGAGCUGGAAAACGUGCUGGAAUCAUUUGUGGAGAAGGAGGAUGAAUUCAUUAAACAGCAAGCUGAUUAUAUCCGGGCCCGGGAAAGGCAUCAUCAAGAGGUCCUUCAGGCUCUUUUAGAGCGUGACGCAGAGCCGGAGUUGUUCAAUGGACCCAAUGGCACAGACAUGUCUGCGGAGGAUUCUGUCAGCUGUCAGUUCACAUCUCCGGGAUCAGACCAGCAGCCGGGUAGCAGCUUUGUCGACUCAAUGGUCGAAGUGCCGUGGGCUGCAACAGGACAAGGCCUGACUUUCAUAGGCUAUCAGGAUUCAUCACACAGUGGAAAUGUUCAUACAGGCGCUGUCCCCCCUUGGCUCCAGGACGAUCCUCUGGAGGGGACCUCCGGUGCUACAGCAUAUCCAGAGAUUGGCCCGUCGCUCCAAGAGUUCGUCAAACACAAGGAGCAAGAGAAGCUGAAGAAGCUGCCACCGAACCGAGUAGGGGCCAACUUUGACCACAGCUCACAUACAGACGCCAACUGGCUUCCCUCUUUUGGUAGAGUGUGGAACAGUGGCCGACGCUGGCAGUCCAGGCACCAAUUCAGACAAGAGGAGGGGCAGAAGAACAGACAAAAGAGGAAGAGGGAGCACAACACAGACGGGUCAAAGAAAGCAAAAACGACUGUACAUCUGACAAAUUCUGACAACACUUAAAACUGAGUAUACUGUGUGAGAAUUCAUGCGUGAAGGGAUGUCAUGUGGUUUGCAAGAUGUGAAUGAGGUUUUAAUGCCAUGUUUCUGAGGAGUUGUACUUGGUUGAAGUGCUCAGGUUGACAACACACCCUACUGUUAGCGAAACUAACCUUCUGUCUAACAUAUUUGGUAAAGUCUGCAGUAAAGAUAUUAGCUUAGUUUAGUAAGCACUGCCUUUCGGAUAUAUGUUUGGUAGAAUGUUACCUUUGAUAACUCCAUUUUUUUUUUUUUUUUGGGUAUAAAAACUGCAUGGUACACUCGUGUACCAUCACUCAACAACACCCCGCUGCACUUUCUAAGUUUUAAACUAAAUUGGUCACUGAGCUGCUUUUCAUUGAAUCAACUGAAAAUCAGUGACUUUCAAUCCAAGACACAGAGAGAGAGGCCUCGAUGAAAUUCUUUUCCUGCUCACAUUCUUCCACCAAGUCCAGGACUCUGAACUGCAAGUUACCGCGCGACAACAGCUCUUCGAGAUCUGAGGACAAUGUGACCGUUCUGGCAGGUAAACAGCAGGGGGCGUGAGACACACAACUAACAAAGGCACCUGCUGUGUGUUUAGAGGAGAGUUGACAUAAGGGAAAUCUGUUGAUGCCAACAUUUAGAUAACAACAUGGUAAAAACCUAAACUCUGGAUAAAUGUCCUUUAAAUGGCAAAAGGAUAAAAUAUCAGAUAUUUAAUCAUGUCUUUUUUGUAGCUGAGUAUUUUUUUUUCCUCUCCCAAACUCUGAUAUGUAUUAUUUUGUAAACAGCCCUGAACAGUAAUACACAUAGCGAGAGCUGCAGUUCCCAGUGUUUCUCUACAAUAAACACUUGGUUUUUUUUUUGUGUUGAACCUGUAAACCAAAUGAUGAGCUUUCAUUUCCCUUUUCAGAUCAUGUUAUGUAAUGAAUUACUGGAGAAGUCUUAAAGGCUGCCUAUGCAAAUGUUUGUUGCUUUAAGAUAGGAUGUGAUAAAACAUGGAAACAAUUAUACAUUUUUAAA